CAUUGGGCCUCUUUAUUUAAACUGUUUUUUUACUGUCUGAACCCCAAAAAUGUAGUCUACCUUUGACCUCGGCUUUAUUGCUCGUUGUAAAGGCGAAAUCUUGUCGUUUUUCAGCGUAGUAGUGGCAUUAAUUGAGGAUACAGAUAGCUCCAUCUAUAAGGCUGUGUGUUCAUUGUGAGAAUAAUGUAGGCGAAAAAGGAGUUAGCCAUACUUAACCGCGAUAAUGUCUAUCAAGUAUUUAUGAAACCUGUCGGUUUUGUUUAUACAUUUAUCAUUGCCUGUUGUCAGCCGGGUUGUAAAAUAUGUGCUAAGCUUCUCCCCAUUCUCUAUUGCUUUCUAUGCCAGGCCCUUUCCUCCUCUUAUUUUUGAUGAUCAAAUGAUGGUUGUAGUCAUGUACGUGUGUCGAAUCUCUUGUCUGUAAAGGAUUAUUCCACUGCCGCAUUUUAACUGAUCAAUACACUUGUUUGUUAAUGUACAUCAGUAAGUCAUAUGGGUGGAGAAAUCUAUCAUGCGGAUUGAUUGAAAGAAAAAGUAAUUUCAUGUUUUAUGUGUGACGUGAACACCGAAUUAGGUUUAUCCUUUCUGAAUGAAUUCAAUACAAGAAUUGGACAACACGAAGUGUUCAGUACUAAAGUCCAGCAAAACACAGUGACCCAUUAAAGUGAGACAGGCCUGUGAAAUUCUUUAAAACACUCAGGGCUAACACUUGUCAUAUGGCCACUCAAAGAGGAAAGAAACCAAUUAAUUGCAGGGUUUUUCUCCUGCAGAUGUCAAGAUUAAAUUUCUCAGAACUGUCAUGUGGUUUCUUAAAAACAGAGACCCAUGGCUUUCACUUAAGCUAGAUUAGAAACAGUUUUCUUGGAAAUUGGUGUGGACAAGUACAAACUUGUGAUCGACACAUCUACCAACAGCAAGAAUUUAUGAACAACUUCGUAUGAUAAACAUAUCCAUCGGUGCUUAUCUAUAUGCUAAGCCCCUAUUAUUAUACACUAUUUAUAACUAUAUUCAUCACAUAUAGAUUCCCUACAGGUGUUAUAAUACACUUAUCUAGAUAGGCAUGUAUUGCUUUGCUAGCUGAAGUAAAUUUAACGUCAAUGGUAAUUAAACCAACUUUUGUUAAUCAUUCUGCAGCCUGCUGACACUUUCUUUCCCCAUCACUGCACUACUCACAUUGUAUGUGCGGCAACAACAUGUCUGUACCGCUGCUCGCAGAAGCCGUGACUUUGCCCGGGACAGAGAAGGAGACAGCUGUGGUGAUCUUCCUUCAUGGUUUGGGUGACACAGGACAUGGCUGGGCCGAUGGCAUGACGGCUAUUCGGCUGCCGUAUGUCAAAUACAUCUGCCCACAUGCACCGCGAAUCCCUGUGACACUCAAUAUGAAGAUGACCAUGCCUUCAUGGUUUGAUCUGAUGGGUUUGAGCCCAGAAGCCCCAGAGGAUGAAGCAGGGAUUAAGAAAGCAGCAGAGAAUAUAAAGGCCAUUAUUGAUCACGAGGUAAAGAAUGGGAUACCACCCAAUCGUAUUAUUCUCGGUGGCUUCUCUCAGGGUGGAGCUCUCUCUCUCUACACUGCUCUGACCAGUCAGCAGAAAUUAGCGGGAGUUGUUGCACUUAGCUGUUGGCUUCCACUUCACAAGUCCUUCCCACAGGCUGCUAGUGGAAGUGGAAACAAGGAGACUCCAAUUCUGCAAUGUCAUGGGGAUAUGGAUCCCAUGAUCCCAGCGCAGUUUGGAGCCUUGACGGCAGAGAAGCUUAAGACCAUUAUUUCUCCAGGGAAUGUCACAUUCCGCACCUACCCAAAUCUCAUGCAUAGCUCCUGCCCUCAGGAGAUGUCUGCUGUGAAGGAAUUCAUUGAAAAGCAGUUGCCCCGAAUCUGACCUCAUUGUAACUCACUGUGACACUGACCUCUCACCUGCCAUUUUCACACAGGAAACAGCCAUGAUCCCCUACUACACAAAUCCACGCACGCACACACAUACAUGCAUGAACAUUCAGUUGUAUAUACUGUGAACAUGCAUACAAUAUCAUCUCACACCUUUAUUUGUAAUUUCAUACAUCAAUGGACAUUCAAAUCUUAAGUGUUAUUAUUAUACCUGACACAUUGUACAUCUAACAUGCAUACAUACAGUACAACAAUAAUUCACUCUUUGGGUCUUUCUUUUUAAGGAGACUUACUUUCAUUUUACAUUCCCGUGAUAAUUAAACGUUAAAACCUUUGCCAGCCUCUCUCCCUCCCUUAUCUGCCUCUCACGUUAUAACAAUGCAAGUAAAAGUAUCAUUUUGCUAGACAGCUCUGCAACACCGAAGUCUUGGAGUUCAGAUGCUGAAAGUCUAUGCAGAAAGUUAUUCAGAGGCUGGUGCCGUCUGGAGUGACUUGCAUUGCGAUGCUUUGCAUGCGAAUCCCACGAUGCAUGCAUGCGAUGUGGGUUCAUUGAGAUGCUGCAACUCCUUGUGCUGAACUAUUUGACUAUAAAUCUAGGCAAGCAAAAAGGUUUAAAUAAACAAAAAAUAAUCAACAAAUCAUGUCUUUCCAUAUGUUUUUCCCUAAACAAUUCGACAUUUUAUAUAAUUAGAUUUAGCAGUGGUUGGAAUUGCUGGUUUAAGUGCCAUACUUAUUAAAUCUGCAAAGGCUAUUGGUUUUGAGUCUUGCAAGAUCAUGGUUUUAUAAUGCAAUAUAAGUGCUUAUGUGUUAUUAAAAAUGAAACUCGAUUGCUCAUAAUGCUCAUGACUAGAUUUUGUUAUAUUGUAUAAAUAAAACCUCAAGUGCUUGAUAUUACUUGCAUCACUCCAGACGGUACCCAUGAUGUUUCAAAUAGCCUUCCCAAUCCCCCCAGUCCUUUUCAUGCCACGGCACCCACCUCACCAAACACAUUCAGGUGUUCUGAGGUCUCAGUUCGCAUAUGUAUAUACAUUUCAGGUUUCGUAUUCUAAUGUUAAAGUAUUGUUUACUGACAUGACCUAUUAAAGGGUGAAUAGUAACAGUCAUGCAGCAGAUAAAGAGAAAAUGUUCCGACCUUUAUUAACUAAUAUUGAAAGAUGAAUUUGCAUACAUGGAUACUGUAGUAAUUUCUCUCACUUUGGAAAUAUUGGGUUGUGUGAUAUAUAAACCAGUUAAUUGUUUCCGAAAUAGUGAAUGUUACUUUUUAUCAAAACAGACGCUGUUUGAUACAUUUCGGUGUUAUUUUAUUGUACAUCUUUCUCCUAAUGAGUCUGUUUGAUCUCAGUAUUUCCACCUGCUAUGAUCUCUUCUUUUAUAGUUCGUUCUGACUACUUAGCACAAUGUCUUAGCUUUGGACAGAUUUCCUCAAUGCCCCGUGGCUUGAAUGUUUGUUAUAUGAAUCAUGGGCAUGCCAGGCACAAGUCGCAGAAACUGGCAAUAACAAUUAACUUAUCACUUUAUUUUCACCCGAGUUGUAUUUCGUUGUUUGUUUUUGUUGUAUCGUUUGUGUUCAUUUAAAAAAACGCGUGUUCUGUUGUCGUCUUUUUAGUUGGUAAAGUGCACUGAAGAGCAGUUGGUUCAACUUCUUCUGCAAUUUUCCCGAAACAGCUGUAUGUGAAAUAAAUAAUGCGAAUCACA